GGCAGUGUCGUUUAGUUCCAGGCAGAAUGCGGGCUGGGAAACUCUACAUUGUGAUGUUGCUGACCACAGUGGCGUGCUUUGGACAGGAAACAGCUGAUGGCAUUAAUGGGACGCAAGAUAAGCAACAUCUGGAGCUGCCAAAGGCUGUGCUGACCAGCAGUCCUCAAUGGGGAGAGCUGUACACUGGAGAGACUGUCACCCUGAGCUGUGGGGUUGAGGGGGGUUUCACUGGCUGGGAAUAUCUCUGGUACAAGAGCAGUCAGGGAGGCACAGUGCAGAUCAGAGACACCACUGGAGCCACAUACACACUCAGCCCUGUCACUCAGUCCCAUAGUGGACAGUACCAGUGUGAGGCACAAAGAGGAGAUCGACCACGUUCCUCUCAGCGCAGUGAUCCUUUUACACUGACUGUGUCUGCUGGCAAGCCAAAGCCUGUCCUGACCCGGGAGCCUGCAGGAGAGAUAUUGGAAGGAGACUCAGUGACUCUGAGCUGUGUGGUUGAGGGGGGCUCUGAUGGCUGGAGAUAUCUCUGGUACAAAGACAGUCAGCACAGCACUCCAGUGUACCAGACUAACAGCAGCAGUGGAACUGGAGCCGGAUACACAAUCAGUGCUGCUGCUCUGUCCCACAGUGGAGAGUACUGCUGUCGAGCUGAAAGAGGGAGCAAACCGUUUAACUCAGACUACAGCAAUGCUGUCAAGAUACAAGUAUCAGAGCUGUUUAGCACACCCACUCUGACAGUGACGCCUCAUGCCUCAGUGUGGGAGGGAGAGGCUGUGACUCUGCAGUGUGGGGCUCACAUCAAUAAACAGGGCACACAACUGCAGUACCGCUAUAUCACAGUCAAUGGAGAUCAGAGAGGAGCUGGAUCACAGGAUCAGUACUCAAUCCCAGCGGCAGAGCUGAGAGACACAGGGAGCUACCAGUGUGAGGUGGAGGCAGCAGGGACGGGGCUGAAGAAAAGGAGUGAUUCUGUAUCACUGACUGUGAGAGAGCUGUUUAUCACACCCACUCUGACAUUCACCCCUGUGAGUCCAGUGUGGAAGGGAGAGGCUGUGACUCUGCAGUGUGGGGCUCAGAUAAAUAAACAGGGCACACAGCUGCAGUACAGCUAUAUCAAAGACAAUGGGGAUCUGAGUGGAGCUCGAUCACGGGAUCAGCACUCAAUCCCAGCGGCAGGGCUGAGAGACACAGGGAGCUACCAGUGUGAGGUGGAGGCAGCAGGGACGGGGGUGAAGAAAAGGAGUGAUUCUGUGAGGCUUUCUCUGAAAGAGCUGCCCCAGACUACACUCACCCUGGAGCCUCCAUUCCCAGAGAUAUUCACCGGGGAGACAGUCACUCUGAGGUGUGGGGUUGAGGGGGGUUCUGCUGGCUGGAAAUAUCUCUGGUACAAAGACAGUGAGGACACUCCAGUGCCCCAGACUGCUGGACGCAGUAUAACUGAUGACAGCUACACAAUCACUGCAGCUGCUGUAUCUGACCAGGGCCAGUACUGGUGUCGAGGACAAAGAGGAGAUCAGCCACUCUACUCACAGCGCAGCGAUCCUGUGAAAUUAAACAUAACUGAUCAAUGGGUGAUCCUGCAGACUCCCCUCCAGCCUGUGAUUGAGGGAGACUGUCUGACUCUGAGGUGUCGUGUCCGCACAAAUUAUACGUUUACCAGGAUUGUCUUUUUUAAAGAUAAUGAAGAGAUUCAGUCCCAGAAUAACACAGAGCUGAGUGUGGAUCGUGUUUCAAAGAGUGACGAGGGGUCCUACAAGUGCAGAGCGAUGUGGAACUCCUCAACUUACUCUGGUGACUCUGCAGAGGUGCGGGUGUCAGUGAGAGAGCUGUUCUCCAGGGUGGCUCUGACAGCCUCUCCAGGAACCACAGUGAAGGAGGGAGAGGCUCUUAACUUGACUUGUGAGGCAGCAGUGAACAAAACCCCCCGCCCUGAACUCCACUACACCAUUGUGAGAGACGGGGAGCCUGUGACUAACAGCACUGACUCUGCACUGUACAGCAUAGCCAGCACUGAGAAGAGCCACACUGGGAGGUACACGUGUGCUGUGGAGUCACAGGGAGUGAAGAAGAGCAGCCAGGAGCUACACAUUGAAGUGCAAACGUCCUGGCACAGCGCUGUUGCUAUUGGCUACAGAGUGAGCUUCACUCUGAUUCAUUUCAUUGUGUUCACUCUGCUGCUCCUUCAAUACUGCAGGAUCCAAGGUUCCCUGUGUAUUGCUGGUGGUACAUCACGGAAAACCUCGGAUCAGGAUCAGGAGCAGUCAGCAGAGAGGAUUGAGCUCUGCAGCCGUGUGCAGCACACUGGAGUGUCGUACUGAAGAUCAGCCUGAAUGCAACAGUAUUGCACUGUCCUGCUAGACCAGUCUGAUGAGAAUAGUAUUGCACUGACCCAUUGAAGAUGUAUCCAUUGUUGGCUGUGCUCACUCAUCUUUGUCUUGCUAAAGACCAGUCAGACUGCCAUGUCUUAGGACUACUGCAAAUAUAUUUUCAACUAGCUGUAGUUUACAUAAAAUUACCAUAGACUGGAGUAUUUUCUAAGAAUGUAUUGCUUAUUGAUUGAUUAUAUUUUUUUGAUUUAAUUGAUGGAUUGCAUUAUUUAACGUUAUGAAGUGCAUUACUUAACAGUGUCUCUAUUCAUAAGCUAUUCUGUAGUGA